GCUUCAGUUUCAAUCAGAGCUUGGAGGAUAUGAAGCUCCCCGCAGCGCUUCAAAGCUUGACCUUGGGAUAUCACUUCAACCAAGCAUUGCUUCAGCUUCCCAAAGAUCUUCAGGUUUUGAGCUUUGGAUAUAGCUUUGACCAAAGCUUGGAGGCCGUGAGCUUUCCACACACCUUGCAGAGCAUCUCCUUCGGGCAUGACUUCAACCAAAGCCUGGAGCGUGUCCAGCCGCUGGGGCGACUUCGCAGCUUGACCUUUGGAUACAACUUCGAUCAGGCAUUGGAUGACGUGCAUUUUCCUGAGAGCCUUGAGGUCUUGACCCUAGGAACACGACAGAACACAGCCAUCAGAGAACAUGUUGUAAAAUACAUUUUGCAUGCCACGACAUCUCCUGAACAUCAUGACCGCCGCUGA